AUGGAUCAAAAACACUGCAAAAUUGUUUUGAUGAAUGCUCUACUAUUACUGAUGAUUACUUAUUGCUUGGCCAUCAACCAAACCAACACUGAAACGGAUCACUCAGCUCUUCUAGCCUUGAAAAGCCACAUUACCUCAGACCCUCACCAAAUUUUGUCCAAAAACUGGUCUUCUUCUUCUCCAUCUUCCUCUGUUUGUGGCUGGAUUGGAGUCCGGUGCAGCCCUCUUCACGGCAGAGUUACUUCUUUAAAUGUUUCCGAUAUGGGUCUUACAGGCACCAUUCCUCCACAUUUGGGUAAUCUCUCUUUUCUCGUUUCUCUUGACCUGAGUAAAAACUACUUCCAUGGAAGUCUGCCUCAAGAAUUGUCGCAAUUACGCAGACUAAGAUUUUUGAGGUUGAGCUACAACAAUUUUAGUGGAUCACUUCCUACUUCAUUUCCCGACAAACUUCAAACCAUGGCUUUGCAUCAUAACGACUUUGAUGGAAUUAUUCCUUCUUCCAUCUCUAACUUGCAAGAUUUACAAGUUCUUGAUCUUAAUAGCAAUUCUUUAACCGGAAACAUUCCCGAAGAGAUGGGAAACCUCCAAAGGUUGACAUAUCUAAAUUUUCAGUAUAAUUUUCUUGUUGGCUCUAUUCCUUCAUCCAUCUUCAACAUCUCAACGUUGGAGACUCUUGCUUUGACAUAUAACAACUUGACCGGAAUUCUUCCCAAUGAUAUUUGUCGCCAUCUUCCGAAUCUCAAAGGGAUUUAUUUAUCUGGCAACCAGCUAAGUGGUAAUAUCCCUCCAAGUUUAUCCUAUUGCUCGCAACUUCAGAUACUGUCAUUGUCCUACAAUAAUUUCACUGGGUUCAUACCAAAGCAACUUGGCAACUUGGGGAUGUUGGAAUUAUUGUACGUGGCCCACAACAAUUUACAAGGUUUCAUUCCCCAAGAGAUUGGCAAUCUUCGUAGCCUCAAGGAGUUUACCCUAUCACAUAACAAAAUUUCAGGCUUCAUUCCGAAGGAAAUAGCAAACUUAACCUUGCUUACUUCUAUUUCGUUAAACGAGAAUCUCCUAACAGGUGUAAUACCUGAAGAAAUCUCCAACCUUCACAACCUGGAGUACAUUUAUGCUUCCUUCAAUGACCUAUAUGGCAUCAUACCAGCUGGAAUUUUCAAUAUAUCAACAUUGAAAGGGAUUGUAUUAGCCGGAAAUCGGCUCACAGGGAUUCUUCCGUCAAAUAUUGGUUAUCAACUGCCUAAUCUAGAAACAAUUUCACUGUACCAAAAUAAUCUCAGCGGAGUUAUACCAUCUUCCAUUGGAAAUUGCUCUAAACUGACCAUUUUAAACCUUGCAUUCAACAACAUGGCUGGCGCGAUUCCUAAAUCCCUAGGGCGCCUUGAAGCUCUAGAGCGGCUCGUUCUUUCCUCUAAUCAACUUACAAGUGAUCCAUCAUCAUUGGAGUUAGAUUUCCUAACUUCUUUGACACAAUGCAAGUUCUUGAAUGAUCUAGAACUAGAUGGAAAUCAACUCAACGGGGUCCUCCCGAGUUCUAUUGGGAAUCUUUCUUCCUCUCUUCAAUAUUUUUCCGCAGAAAUGGCUAAUAUAAAAGGUCCUAUACCGAGUGAAAUAGGCAACCUCAGCAGCGCAAUCUGGAUUUCCUUGAAUGAUAACCAGUUGACUGGAGCUAUUCCAAGUUCCAUCCAAGAAUUAAAGAAUCUCCAGGUAUUGUCUCUUCCGAAAAACAAAAUAGGGGGAACUUUGGAUGGAUUAUGCAACUUGCAAAGUUUAAAUAAAUUGUCAUUAAGCGAGAACCAAGUUUCGGGGCCGAUUCCAGAUUGUUUUGGGAAUAUGUCUUCUCUGAGGAACCUUAGCCUAAGUAAUAACUUGUUGAGCUCAAGUAUUCCUAAAAGCAUUUGGAAACUUAAAGAUAUUUUGGUUCUCGAUCUUGCAUCUAACUCCUUCAAUGGAUCACUGCCUAUGGAGAUUGGAAACUUGAAAGAUACAAUAUCAAUGGACUUGUCCAUGAAUCGGAUAUCUGGUGUCAUUCCGAGCACAUUGGAUGGAAUGAAUAAGCUGCAAAACCUUUCUUUAGCAAGCAACUUCCUUGUGGGAUCCAUUCCAGAAUCAGUUGGAAAAAUAUUGAGUUUAACAUCCCUAAACUUGUCACAUAAUAACCUCUCAGGUUCGAUCCCAAAGUCAUUGGAGGCGAUUCAAUCUCUCCAGGUCUUUGAUGUUUCAUUUAAUCAUUUAGACGGUGAGAUUCCUUCUGGUGGUCCUUUCAAAAAAUUCACAAGUGAGUCAUUUAUCUCCAAUGAUGCAUUGUGCGGAGAUGCUAAGUUCGAGGUUCCUCCAUGCCCAAAAGUUUCAUCGCACAAACGACGAACACAAAGGUUGCUUGUUUAUGUAUGUAUUCCACUUGGAUUGGCUGCUAUUAUAGUUUUGGUCUUAACAUUAGUAAUGGGAAAGUAUUGGAAGAAAUCAAGAGCUUCAGGGGAAAAGUCAGAUUUAAUAGAGGUAACACAAGAAAGAAUUUCAUACUAUGAGCUUCUUCAAGCAACUGGUGGACUUGAUGAAAGCAACUUGCUCGGCUCGGGAAGUUUUGGGUCGGUUUAUAAAGGGAUUCUCAAAGAUGGUAGGUCCAUUGCAGUGAAAGUAUUCCAUUCUCAAGUUUCAAAGGCAUUCGAGAGUUUUGACGUUGAAUGUGAAGUAUUCAGGAAUGUUCGCCACAGAAAUAUUGUAAAGGUCAUCAGCAGCUGCUCUAACCCUGAUUUUCAGGCAUUGGUACUUCAAUACAUGAGUAACGGCAGUCUUGAGGCAUGGCUGUAUUCGGAUAACCAUUUCUUAAGCAUCAAACAAAGAUUGAACAUAAUGAUAGAUGUGGCGAGUGCAUUGCACUACCUUCAUCAUGAAUACUCCACAUCGGUGAUUCAUUGUGAUCUAAAACCUAGCAAUGUGCUGCUAGAUGAAGACAUGGUUGCCCAUGUAAGCGAUUUUGGAAUUGCGAAAAUGUUGUCCACGGAAGAAAGUAUGGCGUUAACCAAGACCAUUGCCACGAUUGGCUACAUUGCACCAGAGUAUGGAUCUGAAGGACUAAUAUCGAGGAGAUGCGACAUUUAUAGCUACGGAAUCAUGCUAAUGGAAGUGUUCACAAGGAAAAAGCCAAGUGAUGAAAUGUUCACUGGAGAUUUCAACUUGAAAACUUGGGUAAACAAUGCAAUGUCAGCUGAUUCAAUCCUUGGGGUUAUAGAUACCAACUUAUUGACCCGAACCGAAGAACAUUUUGAUGAAAAGCUGAAGUGUUUAUUAUCAAUCAUGGAGUUGGCGUUGAAAUGUGUUUGUGUAUCUCCAAAAGACAGAGUUAGUAUGGCAGAAGUGCUUCCAUCCCUUGAAAAAAUCCGACUCAAACUUCUUGAAUGCAACGGGAGACGAUAA